CUUAAACGUGUUCCUGUCAUGGCUGGGAGCCCAUGCCCGGCACAAGUGUAGACGAGAAGUCCAAGUUGGAUCCUGCCUGCAGGCGUCAAAUUGGCCCCUGCAUAAGCAAAUGUCAUACAGCAAUAUGCUAACACGGCGCAGAAAUCGCCAAAGACUUCAGUUUUGCUAACAUGACACUGGGAGCCUCCUAUCAUGCAGACUGUUCCCUUGUUAUGUCAUAUAUGAACAUCUGAAAUAUGAUUCAUCGCUCAGGGGCUGACCGAAGCUCCUAUACAAGGAGCGCUUGCCAGCGUGCGCAUUGGACCGCGUCGCUGAUAUCGCGGGGCUCGGCCUCCGCGUUGCAUACAUCCCUGCAGAGCGGCCCCGGUGCAUCACACAGCGCAUCCGAGCUGUGUGAGCGUGGCGAUGGCGCAACCGAUAGACUGGGUCGGCAGGGCCCCGUGCUGGGCCCCGCGUGGGCGCAUUCGCUGCUCGCUCACAGCCGCGCCGCGGUUGCCGGUGGAAGCCAGCGGAGUCAACUGCAGGAGCUUGUGGUUGACACCAGCCCCAGCGGCCAUCAGCACCGAACCAGCACAAGCGUCAGCGGGGGCGGGCACUCGCCAUCGGAGCUCGGCACGCCAUCGCGCGGCUCUCCUCCUGACGCCGGGGAUGACGCACCCAGGGUUUCGAUGCGACGACGGGCCGGCGCUGCCGGUUUCCUGACGGUCGCGCAGACCGGCCCUGCGCCCUGGCAGGGCAGCACUGCCAGCUACAACCGCGGCGGCAGCGGCAGCGACAUCACCUGUGACAUGGGCGGCAGUGGCACCCGCAGCCCACCCACCACCACCCGCAGCACCAGCAGCACCAGCAGCAUCAGCAAAAGCAAAAGCAUUACCACCACCACCACCAUCAUCAGCGAUCGCAGCAGCAACGCCGGCCCGAUGUCGGGCCCCCGGGGCGUGGGUAUGGACGCUCGCGCCCUUACUCGGGAGAUAAGCACGGCCCCGAGCUGGCGGCAGCUGGCGGAGGCGGUGGCCGCUGGCGGCGGGCCGGCGGCGCUCAAUGAGAUCCACCUGGCGGCCGCAAUCAGCCGCCUGGCCAAGCUGGAUCUGGAUCUGAAGCGGGAUCAAAUUACGGAUCUUGGGGUCCGGUCGGCGGUGCUGCACAGCGUAGCGCACAGUGGCGGCGGCGGCGGCAGCAGCAGCAGCGGCAGCAGAAGCAGCAGCUUUCAGCCUUUGACUGGGGCUGGGACAAGCCCGGCAAGCGUCGACACAGGCGGGGGCGGGGGCGCUAGCAUCGGCCUAGCCGCAGGCGGCGCCGUGCAUGGGACAGGCAGUGCGCCGUCACCACCGCCACCGCCGCCCCCUCCGCCGCCUGCUUCUCGGGGCUUGUCGCUAUCUGGGUUCGGCCUUAACGCCCGAGCUGGCUCGUUGCCGCUGUCGGGGACGGUGGCGGCGCCGACGCCACCUGUGCCGCCGCCGCCGCCGCCUGCACUGCUGGGCCUCACACAGCGGGUGCAGCUGACGCAGUCGGUCGGUGUGGCGGGCGCGGGCGUGCGUGGCAUGACGGCCGUAGCAGCGCCGACUGCUACUGCUGCUACUGCCGAGGUGCCCGGCACGCCACAGGAGCUGUGCGUGCUACUGCUGGAAGCGUUGGUACGGCGCUUGGGCGGUGGCGGCAGUCAUGAUGGUGGUGGUGGCGGUGAUAUCGGGGGUCGGUUCUCGGGGGUACCUGCAGGGCACCGUGCAAGCACGCGGGAGCCCGCGAGGACCCAGGGCCUGCAGCCGCAGCCGCAGCCGCAGCCGCAGCCGCCGCGCGUUCUGGCGAACAGCGUGUGGGGCGCGGUCCGGCUGUACCUUGACCUGUGGCCCCUCCACCAGCAACAGCAGCAGCAGCAGCAGCAACAGCAGCAGCAGCAACAGCAGCAGCAGCAGCAGCGUUCCGAGCGGGCGGCAGCGGCGGCGCUGCGUGCGCUGCUGUAUCACGUGCCCGCCGCCGCCGCCACUCAUUCGCUACAGCCGCAGCACGUGUCCAACUUGCUGUACAGCCUGGCCCGGCUGCAGCAGGCGGCACCGCACGUGCUGCUACUGCCGGGCUACCGGUCGGCACCUGCUACUGCCGGUGCUACUGCCGGUGCUGCAGUGGAGGAGGAUGUGGAGCUGGACGUGGAGGGCCUGGCGAGGGCGCUGGCGGAAGCCGCUGCGCCGCUGCUGCAGGCGCAGGCGCACGCGGCGACUGAGGCGGCGGAGGUGGGGGCAAGUCCGGCGGCGGCGGCGGCGGCGGGGCGAAACGGCCAGCGGCCGCCGGAGGAUGUAUUUGGUCCACAGGCCUUGGCCAACACGCUGUGGGCGCUGGCGGUGCUGGGCGCGCGCCCGCCGCAGCCCUGGCUGGCGGCGUGGCUGCGGGCGGCGGCGGCGGCGCUGCCGGCGGCGGACCCGCAGCACCUGUCCAACAUGCUGUGGGCGAUGGCACGGUUCCGGAUCCAGCCCGGGGCGGCCUGGAUCGCAGCGGCGCUGCAGGCAGCUGCGCGCAAGGCGCCCGCCUUCACACCGCAGGGCCUGUGCAACACGCUGUGGGCUCUGGCCAAGCUGGAGUGUGCAGGUGCCCUGCUUGAGCCCCCGGCCCCCGCCUCGGCCUCGGGCUCCCAGCGUCCGCUGCUGCUGCCGCUGCUGGCCGGCCUCCGCAGUGUCGCUGGCAGCUGUAGCAGCCAAGACGUGGCCAACGGCAUGUGGGCGCUGGCGCAGCUGCGGAUGCUACUGCCGCAUGCGGUGCAGCGGCGGCGGAAGCUGUUGUUGCUUCAGCAGCAGCAGCAGCAGCAGCAGCGGCGCACGAGGCACGAGCUGGUUGCUACUGCCAGCGGCGGCGGCGCCACCGCCGCCCGUGCAGUUGACGCGGCGCUGCAGGCGGCGGGCGAGGCUCUGCUACUGCGCUCCGCCCGCCAGCUGCACAGCUACAGCCCACAGCAGCUCGCCAACACCGUGUGGGCGGCGGAGCGGCUGGCGCUACAGCCGCCGCCGGAGUGGGCGGCGGCGCUGUGGCCGGCUGCUACAGCCAGCUUGGCGGCAAUGCGGCCCGAAGAGCUGGUUGCUACAGCCAUGGCGUGCGUGCGGCUGCGGCUACAGCCGCCGCCGGAGUGGAUGGAGCGGCUGCUGGAGGUGACGGCGGAGAUGAUGGAGCGGGAUGAGGCGGCGGAGGCGGAGCCUGAGGCAGGCGCGGAGGCGGGGCCCGAGGCGGAGGCAGGGCACGGCAGGGAGGUGGAGGCAGGGGCGCUUGCGGUGAGCAAGGAGCAGCCGCCGCCGGUGCACGCCACGGGUCGGCUGCUUGCCAGCCUGCUGUGGUGUGUGGCGGCGUGGCGGCCGCGGCUGCCGGCGCCCUGGACGGCGGCGGCACUGCGGCGGCUCGAAGCCCUGGCGGCUUCGGCACCGCCGCCGCUGCCGCCCGUUUCGCCAUACUCGUCACCAGCAUCGCUAUUCACACCGCAGCGGAACGCCCAGCACGACGACCAUGAUGGCAAUGAUGAUACUGGCAGCGCGGGCCGCCGGGCUGGGUUAUUCGGACCCGGACCCGGGCCAGUGCCUGGGCCUGGCGGCGGUGGCCUGGAGCCGCAGCAGCUGGCGGCGGCGCUGCAGGCCCUCGCGCGCAUGCGGCUGCGGCCAGACCGGCUGGUGCGCGGCUGGACCCGGCGGACAGUGGCGGCGCACGUGGACGCACAGCUGGCGGCGGCGGCAGCGGCCACCGAUGCUGGUGAUGACGAUGGCAGUGAUGCGAUGGAUGGGGCGCAUGGCGAGGCGGCUGCGAGGCGAGGGUUGAGUGCUAAUCGUCGCGGUGGGAGCGGCGGUGGUGGUGGGAGGGAUGCCUGCGAUGCGGUCUACCCGGACCCUCGGGCCGCGCGCAUGAUCCUGUGGUCGGCCGUGCACCUCAGUGACGACGCAGCCGACGCCGCCGGCGGUCGCCAUCGCGGCGGCGGCCUGCCAGUCCGUGUGGUUGUGGCCCUGGCCCUGGCGGCGGCGGGCUGCAACGCCGGCAACGCCGCAACGGAGCGAUCCGGGCAACCCGCUGCCGCGUGUACCGCUAACACGACCUCAGCAGCAGCAGCAGCAGCAGCAGCAGCAGCAGCUAUAUUUGAUGGCGACGGUGCGGCUGCGCCGCGCGGCGCCAGUCUGGCGCUGUGGGCGCUGGCGGCCGGCGUGUCGGCGACGCCGCUGCCGGCGGCGCCGCUGCGACGGCUGGUGGCGGCGGCCGCCGCGGGCCUGCCGGCGGCGGGUGGUCGCGAGCUGGCGUCGCUGCUUCGCUCCCUAGCGGCGUUGGGUUUCCGGCCGGGGGCGCAGUUCCGGGCUGCGUUUGAGGCGCGGCUGGGGCAGCUGGUGGCGGUGGAGGCGCAGCAGGCGCUGAUACAGGCGCAUGCGCCACGGCAGCAGGGGCCCCAGCAGAAGCAGGCGUACGUGGGUGGUGGUGGUGGCGAUGCAGAUGCAGGUGUGGUGCUGGGGGCGGAUGCGGGUGCGGGCUUCGGCGUCGACGACGAGGGCGAAGGUGCGCUACCGGCGGGGUGGGUGCAGGAAGCGGGCAUCAGUGGGAAGCAGGCGGCGGCGGUGUUGCGGGGCUGUGCCGAGCUGCGGUGGCGACUGCCGGCGGGGCUGGAGGCUCGCCUGGAGGAGUUGCAGCUGUGAGGUGCUUUUGAACUUCUGUGACUGGCGUUCGUUAUGGUUCCUGGUUGUAGGGAUGUGCACCGCCCGCAACCGCACAGUCAGCUCGGUUCAGUCCGGGUUUUCUUUGCUGCUGUGAAUGAUUGAAUGUGUCUGUGAAUGUGUGUGUGUGUGUGUGUGUGUGUGUGUGUGUGUGUGUGUGUGUGUGUGUGUGUGUGUGUGUGUGUGUGUGUGUGUGUGUGUGUGUGUGUGUGUGUGUGUGUGUGUGUGUGUGUUGUGCGGCCGGGACUGGAACCGGUUGGAACCGGUUGGAGACGGGCGCGAGUUCGGCUUGAAGACAGUUACUGAAGACCGCGGUGGGGGGAAGGGGACUCACAGGCGCCUGUGGGUGUCUGGAUGGUAAAGCGACAGGACGUGGCAGAACCGCGACUGCUGCGUACCGUAGAUCUUGUGCAGCACUAGCGUCUCGCCACGCUGUAAGCUGUUGGUGACCUCGAUGACCCCUGUGCGCGGAAGGGCAGUGCAGCUAGCUGCGGGGCUGCGUCCUGUGAGCUCUUGGGCGCCGUGUGGGUGGCACCAGUCGAGUACCGUAGUGGGCACGCACGGGCCCGUGCUAUUGGCUCUUGGCUCGGAUCCUGGCAGCUCUUGGAUGGCUGAAACAACCCUUGUGC